GGGUACAAAGUUUGUAUACCUGUUCGGUAGGCCUAGAUCUAGAUUCUACCUUAUCUAUUAUAAUUUAUAUCUAUUAUAGGCCUAUAGAAAUCUAUAAUAGAUGUACCGAUACUAGAUAGAUUCUACUUCAUCUUUAGAGUCUAGAUCUAUAUUAGUUUUCGUAGGCUUGGAUAACAUUGAUUUCAUUGAUAGUCAAACUAGACUUGAUCUGUCUAUAUAGUAUAUUAGUAUAUUCUAUAUAUAAUAUAUACUUACACUAUUUUUUUACAAUGUCUUCUUCUCUUGCCAAACUUGCUGGUAAAGUUGCAGUUGUAACAGCAUCAACUGAAGGAAUUGGUUUUGCAAUUGCACGGCGACUUGCACAGGAUGGGGCCAAAGUUAUGAUUAGCAGUCGCAAGCAACAAAAUGUGGAUAAAGCUCUGAAGCAGUUGAAAAAGGAAAAUCUGAAUGUUGAAGGUUUGGUUUGCCAUGUCGCCAAACAAGAGGAUCGGCUCAAAUUACUCCAGGAGACCACCUCGAAAUUUGGAGGUGUGGAUAUUUUAGUUUCUAAUGCUGCAGUAAGCACACAUUUUGGACCAACAUUAAAUACAACAGAAGAAUCUUUUGAUAAGAUGUUUGAAAUUAAUGUGAAAUCCACAUUUAUGCUUUGCAAAGAAUUUGUUCCAGAAAUUGAGAAAAGAGGGUCUGGCUCAAUUAUUGUUGUUUCAUCUAUCGCUGGUUAUGCUCCAUUUGAAUUUAUAGGUGCGUACAGUAUAACAAAAACAGCUUUGCUGGGGUUAGUGAAGACACUGUCACCAGAGUUGGCUAGGAUAAACAUCAGAAUCAAUGGGAUUGCUCCAGGAAUCAUUGAUACUAAAUUUAGUCAAGCUUUAACAUCUAGCAAUGAUGCUGUUGAAUAUUCAAAAGCUAAGAUUCCAUUAGGAAGGUUUGGAGAACCAGAUGAGUGUUCUGGUAUAGUUUCCUUCCUUGCUUCUGAUGAUUCAUCGUACAUGACAGGUGAAAACAUUGUUAUUGCUGGAGGUGCACAAAGUAGAUUGUGAAACCAUAUGCCCAAGCUGUCUUUUUUGACUUAACAUAUUUAUUGAACAUUGUUUUAUCACAUGCAUAUAUGCACACAAACGAACUAUAUUUAUAAAACAUUAACACAAAAUCAAAUACUGCUGACUGUUAAUUUAAUUUUUAAUUGCUGGCUCUUUUUAUUAUGCUGAUGUUUUUAAUGUUAAUUAUUACUGUCUGGCUGAAAUAGGUGUAUGCUAAAAGUGUUAUGACUGGAUAUAUUUUUCAAUAAUAAAUUACAUUUUAAGUAUU